ACAACAAUAACGCGCCAAAUUUGUGCGAGGUUCACUGCAUGUCGCUGCUUCAAACACAUGAAAAAGGAAGAAAAAAAGAAGAAAAUUUGGAAAACGCUGAGGAAGACUGUGCAGCAUGGCGGUGCCUUUUGUGCAGGACUGGGACCUUGUUCAGACACUGGGAGAAGGAGCCUACGGAGAGGUGAGGCUGCUGGUGAACAGGCAGACGGAGGAGGCGGUUGCAGUAAAGGUGAUUGAUACCUCUCAGGCUAAAGAGUGUGCUGAAAAUGUCAAGAAGGAGAUCUGCGUCCAUAAGAUGCUCAACCACCCCAACAUUGUACGUUUUUUCGGCCAACGGAAGGAAGGACCGACCGUGUACCUCUUUCUGGAGUACUGCACCGGAGGGGAGCUGUUUGACCGAAUCGAGCCCGAUGUGGGGAUGCCAGAGAAGGAUGCUCAUAGAUUUUUCCAGCAGCUAAUAGCAGCUGUGGAGUACCUCCACAGCGUGGGCAUCACUCACAGAGACAUAAAGCCAGAGAACAUUUUGCUGGAUGACAAAGACAACCUGAAGCUGACAGAUUUCGGCCUGGCCACCAUGUUUCGUUUCAAAGGACGAGAACGUCUUCUGAGUCGACUCUGUGGGACGCUUCCCUACGUGGCUCCGGAGCUUCUCAGCCAGACGGAGUACAAAGCUCAGCCUGCAGAUAUCUGGGCUUGUGGUAUAGUCCUAACUGCCAUGCUGGCUGGAGAGUUACCGUGGGACCAGCCCACUGAGAACUGUCAAGAGUAUUCAGAUUGGUUUCAAAAGAAAACAUAUCUACCUCCUUGGAAGAAAAUACAACCAAUGCCUCUUAGUUUGUUGACCAAAUUACUGCUGGCCAGUCCAGAUGCACGCAUCACUAUCACAGACAUAAAGAAAGAUCGCUGGUUUGCUCAAGGUGUAAAGCAGCCACCAGGUCCUCUGGGCUCAGGAGGAAACAAACUCCUUCAGUCAGAUUUGGGACUAAAAUCCCGUGCCAACAGUGAUGACAGGAUGCAGUUUUCCAGCUCUCAGCCUGAUCUUGCGGCAGGCGGCUGGGAAGCCAUGUUGUUAAUCAGUCAGACGGACGGUCUAGUCAGCUUCUCCCAGCCGACCAAGCCGGAGCACAUGUUGUUGGGUAGUCAACUACUGGGCACGCCGGGAGCCAGUCAGUCGCCCUGGCAGAGAUUAGUGCGGAGGAUGACUCGUUUUUUCACCGCCGUGGAUGCUGACGCCUCCUUAUCUGCCCUGAAAGACGUCUGUGACGGCCUGGCACUUGGCUUCAAACUCACCUGCGCCAAACAGGUGACAGUGAGCACACUGGACAAGCGCAAUAACAAACUCAUCUUCAAAGUCCAUUUGCUAGAGAUGAAUCAGAAAGUGCUGCUGGACUUCAGACUGUCUAAGGGUGAUGGUCUGGAGUUCAAACGUCUCUUUGUGAAGAUAAAGCAGAAACUUGGCGUCAUUGUCAUCACUCAGAAGAUUUUACUCCCCGUCACAUGAGCAGCCUCAGUCUCACAGUUUCUAGUGUCUACAAACAAACUGCUAUGGACAUUGGAGAGAAAACCCACAUAUUUUUAGCAGUUUGAUUUAUAUUUUAAAUGUGUCUGCUGUUCUCUUUAUGUGUUUUGGUUCUUGUUUUCAUGUACUUCUAUCAUGUGAGAAGCAGUUCAGUGUUAGAUGUCAGGAGGGAGGACAUCUUCGAAAACUAAUUUCAGCCCGUUGUCACAUGUUUAAGGAGCUAGCGAUAAAGUUUAGUUUAGCGUUAGAAUGUGAACAGGGUCAGAACCUUUACAUUGCACAAAGGGAUGAAAGUGUGUGUGAGUACUUGUACAUCUAUCUUUGUGAGGACCAAAAAAAGCAUAAGGGGCUAGGAAGUGCAUAUUGUAAACAAGUGUUCUCACAAAGAUAUAAGUACGUAUGUGUGUGUGUGUGUGUGUGUGUGUGUGUGUGCCUAUGUUCUGCCUUUGAGAAGACUGAUUUGUUCUGAUUAUGUUUGACAUGAUACAGUCCAAAGUCCUGAAUAAAUUAUUA